UCGUGAAAGUGAAAGUGGAAGAAGUGGGCGAAAGAAGAGAGAGAAAAAAAGUGAGGGAGAAGGAGUGACUCUAUCCACUUCAUAUUUUCCUGAUGGCGGUUUCCAUGUAGCAAAUCCACUUCCCCCACCUUCCUUAACUUCCGCUCACUGCUUCAAACAAAAAGUCUCGGCCUUUAUAUUUAAACACCUCUCUGCCUCCACAAAUCUCCAUCUUCAACGAACUUCCCCUGUUUCAGAACUUCAAACAGAGCUCCAGAAUCAAAAACCAAAACCAAAAAAAUGCAAAUUCCAGUUUCUUCUUCGUUCUUCCUCCCCCUUCUCAUCUCCCUGCUCCUUCUCAUUCCCAAUACAAGUGCGGAGCAACUGAUUCUGGUGAACAACUGCAAGGAGAGCAUAUGGCCUGGAAUUCUCGGCAGUGCAGGGCAGCCCACGCCCUUGAACGGCGGCUUCCACCUGGGAAGCGGUGAAGAAGUAGUCUUCGACGUGCCUCAGAAGUGGUCGGGAAGAAUCUGGGGAAGGCAGGGCUGUUCUUUCGAUCCGAGUGGGAAGAGAGGCUCCUGCGACACGGGAGACUGCUCUGGGAUGCUUCACUGCCAGGGACUCGGCGGCGUGCCCCCAGCAACCGUUGUGGAAAUGACCCUGGGCUCCUCGUCUUCUCCCCUGCAUUUCUACGACGUGAGUUUGGUGGACGGGUUCAACCUGCCGGUUUCAAUGGCGCCCGUUGGAGGUGGUGUCGGUUGUGGGGUCGCUUCCUGUGAGGUCGACGUGAACGUUUGCUGUCCGUCGGCCCUGGAAUUGAGGAGCAAAGAUGGCAGAGUCGUGGGUUGCAAGAGUGCCUGCUUGGCUAUGCAGUCUGCCAAGUACUGUUGUACUGGGGAGUAUGCAAAUCCAAAUACCUGCAAGCCUACCCUGUUCGCACAUCUGUUCAAGGCUAUCUGCCCCAAGGCUUAUAGUUAUGCUUUUGAUGAUUCGUCCAGUCUCAACAAGUGCAGGGCUUCGCGGUAUGUCAUCACUUUCUGCCCUCCUAAGUGAAGAGGAAAAAGGGGGGAGAGGAUCCAAACUGCUAGUUAUGGCGGAGCUAGGUAGCUGCAUAGGAUUUUCAGUUUAUUUGGGUCAUUCACAGUAGUCAUGUUUGAUCUCAGUUGUCUUUUAAUUUUCGCAUUUCAGUUUGGAUGGAAAAGGAUUCCUCUCCCGCUUAGUAUAGUUCUGGAGAUAAUAGUAGUGUUAUCUCUUGUGUCCAUUGUUGUUUCACUUACAAUUCAUGGAUUUGAAAAUUGAGAUAUCUGUAAUUUGUCUUAAAUUUGGGGUUUACUAUUGAAGCCUUUCAACUAUAUCAUUCUCUGUGAUAGCUAUUCAGAUUUCCACUUUUACCAAUUGGCUACCCUAUUUGACCCAUUUUGGUAAAUCUAUUAAUGAAGUGGGUCUCAUCGC